CUGGUGAGGUUGAUCCUCAUCGGCAAUCAGCUGACGAGCGUGCCGGCGGAGAUCGGGCAGCUCGCGGUGCUGAAUCACUUGGACCUCGCCAACAAUCAUCUGACGAGCGUGCCGGCGGAGAUCGGGCAGCUCACCUCGCUGGGGUGUUUGGAUCUCAGCUACAAUCAGCUGACGAGCGUGCCGGCUGAGAUCGGGCAGCUCAUGUCGCUUCGGCGGAUGGGCCUCAGCCACAAUCGGCUGACGAGCGUGCCGGCGGAGAUCGGGCAGCUCACGUCGGUGAGGGAGUUGUACCUCGGCGGCAAUCAGCUGACGAGCGUGCCGGCGGAGAUCGGGCAGCUCACGUCGGUGAGGGAGUUGUACCUCGGCGGCAAUCAGCUGACGAGCGUGCCGGCUGAGAUUGGACAGCUCGCGUCGCUGAGGGAGUUGCAUUUCCGCGGCAAUCAGCUGACGAGCGUGCCUGCGGAGAUC